AUGGCUUUCCUCAAGUACGCUCUUCCUGUCCUGGCUGCAGCCCAGGCGGUCUUUGCUGCCGACUGCGGUAAGGCCGGUGAGACCAUCACGAUUAACAGCCAGAGCGAUGCCGAUGGCUACGCCUCCUGCUCGACCAUCAAGGGUACCAUCGAGAUCGACCAGCACAUCUCGGGCGCUAUUACCUUCAACAGUGUGAAGCAGAUUGACGGCACCCUCAGCUGCACCGGUGGCGCCAACAUCUCUACCAUCUCGGCGCCUAUGCUGAACUCCAUCGCCGAAGCUUUCAAGCUGAAUGGCCUUACCACUCUGACCACCCUCAGCUUCCCCUCUCUUACGAGUGUGGGAUCGAUCGAAUGGACUGCUCUGCCUCAGCUUCAGAGUCUUGAAUUUACCAAGGGUGUCAAGGAGGCCGGUGAUGUCACGAUCACCAACACCGGUCUGGCUAGCCUGAACGGUAUCUCUCUGAACACCGUUGGUCGGUUCGACAUCACUGAGAACACGCAGCUCAAGUCCAUCAACAUCAACAACCUCAAGAACGCAACUGACCUGAUCAACUUUGCUGGUAACCUGAACUCCCUUGAGGUGGAGCUGCCCAACCUCUCCAGUGGUACCAACAUGACCUUCCGCAACGUCAGCGCUGUCUCCAUCCCCUCUCUCCACAAUCUGACCGGCCAGCUUGGCUUCUGGGGUGACUCCUUCACGUCUUUCAGCGCUCCCAACCUGACCUCGACCGGUGACCUGGUUUUCAACGCCAACACCAAACUCACUAACAUCAGCAUGCCAGCUCUCGAGAAUGUCAACGGUGGUUUCCUGAUUACCCGUAACGACAAGCUCAGCACCAUUGAUGUGCCCUCCCUGCAGGUCGUUACUGGUGCCGUUGACUUCAGCGGCAAUUUCGACGAGGUGAACAUGCCCAAGCUCGAGAACGUCAAGGGCCAGUUCAACUUGCAGAGCACCGGAAACUUCAGCUGCACCAGCUUUGACAAGGCCAAAUCCGACAAGAUCAUUAAAGGUGCCUACAAGUGCAAGGGUGGGGAGCCCAACCCUACUACAAAGGACGGAUCUUCUGGCACCACCACCACUAGCAGCGGCAGCUCUGCUUCUGCUUCCAAGUCUAGCGCUGCUGAUCUCAACGCUGCUAACCUCCCCGCUCUCGGAUUCGCCGCCGUUUUUGGAGCUCUGGUGCAGUACGUUUUGUAA